CUGGAAAUUAAAUAUUAAAAUCAGUAACACGGCCCAAAACCACAGCGACUCAGCCCCCCUCCCAAAAGCCAACCCAACGACGAUUACUUAUUCAGUGACCGUUUAACCCGAACACCACAACAACAACAACAAGAACAACAGCAGCAACAGCCAAGCAAGUCACCACCGACGACCGACACGACAAGUAAAUCCAUACAUUAUAAUAGUCCCCAAGGUCCAAUUUUAACUAAACGUUUGUACUCACCCCGAUGGUGGAGCGCUCCGGGAAAAGAGAUUCACCAGCUGGGCCCUCAUCAGCAGCAGCAGCAGCAACACAACGACACAACGGAAAUGCUAAUUAAGCUGCUCACUGUUUCGGAACUAAAAAACAGAUAACACACCGUCUGGUUUCAGUUGGAUCAGUAAGUUCUGGAACCACAGAUUGGAAGCAUUCUUUCAAGCAAAUAAUACAUCAAGCGACGUCAUAUUCCUCAAUCCCUUCUGCGGUGCUUGUGAGAGAGGUUGAUGACUCUGUCUGGCCUACUGGGUGUGAUUGUUUAGUGUGUUGUGAUCUGUGUAUGGGGAUAGCAUGCCCACCGUCAAGAUGCUAGCAACGGUUGUUAGGUGGUUGCUUUUGAUGCCCUUACUAGUCCAACAUGGUGUCUCGUCGAACUCCUUCAAUGGGACACACAACAAGGUGGAGCUGGAUGCAACUCCCACGACGCCGGCCACCGUUUGGAGAAGGCCACCGAUCGAGUACGAGCGAGAUCUAGUGAUCGAACUCAUCGAAGGAGCUGAAUAUCCGAUCGAGAAGCACGUCCUCACCACCACCGACGGCUACAUCCUGAAGCUACAUCGCAUUCCCGACCCAAUGCAGUACCCAGCGAGCGGGGAACGGCGCACCGACCAAAACCUGGCUGAUGACCCCGAUGGUUUGCUGCGCUUCGGUCCGGCGAAGACCUUCCGCGGCACGGUACUGCUUAUGCCUGGGCUUUUCUCCACGGCGGCCGACUUUGUCGUUACUGGGCCGGAAAAUGGGCUGGCGUUUGUGCUGGCCGAUGCUGGCUACGAUGUGUGGCUGGCGAAUGUGCGCGGUUCCCGGUUUUCGCGCAAAAACAUCAAGCUCAGCGUAGCCGAUAGUGAGUUUUGGGAUUUCAGCUUCCACGAGAUCGGCACGAUCGAUCUGCCCGCCAUCAUCGACUACAUCCUGCGGGAAACGAACGCACCGAAGCUCUACUACGUCGGCCACAACCAGGGCAUGACGAAUCUGUUCGCGUUGCUCUCCGCCAAACCGCGCUACAACCGCAAGAUCCAUCACGCCAUCGGUCUGGCCACGUUCGGUUACCUUGGCACCACGGACAACCGCGUCGUACGGCGGGCGGCCGAGCUGACGGACAAGCUGUACUCCACCCUGAAGGCGCUCAACAUCCACGAGCUAAAGCCGACGCCCGACAUUGUGCGGCUGAUGAGUGGGAUCGUGUGCUCGAGCGACAUGAACGAGCUGUGCGUGGAAAUGUUGCGCGGUUUCUUCGGCUCAACGGUGGACCGAUCGCGCAAUCUGUUGCCCGCCAUGGUGGACGAUCUGCUGACGAGUGUGUCAACGCGUCAGCUUAUCCACAUCGGGCAGCUUAUGCAAACGAAGAAAUUCCAACAGUUUGACUAUCGCAACUAUAUGCUCAACACGCAAAAGUACGGCCAAGCGAAGCCACCGGAGUACAAUCUGUCGCGUGUGUUGCUUCCCGUUUCGCUGUUUCACGGCACGAAGGAUUUCAUCACCUCCGCAAAGGAUGCGCUGCGGUUGAAGGACGAGCUGCGAAAUGUGAAAAACUUUCUCGAAAUACCGGACCUCAACCACAUUGGUUUUGUGUACUCGGACCGUCUUUACGCGCGCGUCAACAGGAAGAUAAUAGAAAUCUUUAAUCAACACCCGAAAGCUUAA